AUGACCAGUAUUAAGAUAUCUUGUAGUAGUUUAUGUGUGGAGGAAAAUUAUGAUCACGAUGGUCAUGAUGCGUUGAUCGUGUUCGACUCAUUUUGUCUAACGAUACAGAAAUUUAAUUUACAACAAGUAUUGGAAUGGUCAUCAACAUGCAAUGAAAAUCUUCCACCACAUAUAUGGCAAAUAGAUGAAAGUGGAGGUAAAAUGGCAAUUUUUGAAAAUGAAUUACUCGUAGAUCAGUUUUUUAGGCAAGAAAUUGAUAUUUACAAUCUUAACAAUGGUACAUUGAUCACAUCAAUUUCUAUUGAAAAUCACUUUCUGUAUACUUCUGUAUGCACAUGUACAGCAAUGGCAAUUAAUGAAUAUACACGAGAAUUAAUCAUAUGUGAAACUUAUUAUACAGCAGGAAGAAUUGAAGGUCCUUACAAAAAAUUACAAUUUUUCAGAAAGGAUUUGCAUAACAAAUGGAAACAUGUGAAAACCGUUGAUAAGAGAGCAAAAUUUCAUUGUGAGGAACCAUUGUGCAUGAUAUGGGAUCGAACAGCCAAACAUUUACUGUUUGGAAAUUGGCAUAGUAUUUUUGCAUUUUCAUUGGACGGAGAGUUGGUCUCGACCAUCUCCCCGCAAGGUUUUCAGGGAUCUUCUCGUUGUUUUGGUUGUCAUUCCAUGGCUCUUAAUGACGAGACUGGUGAAUUGGUUGUGUUAGGAAAUCAAUGGGUACUCAUCUUUCAAUAA